AUCGAACAAGGAAACAAGAAAGACAACUCCUUCAAAAUACCAAAGCUAAAAAGGAUCCAUGUCAUCAUACUCUCUAUAAAUAGAAGCUAGCUUGGAAGUAUUGGCACCAAGCAAAGAAAAAACGAAAAGGUGCUUCAUUGAUAUUGAGCGAUGAAUCCAAUCUCCAUAGUUGCAACAUUUCCUUCUAUUUGUCUAUCUUUUCUCAUACUCAUAGUUUUCUUCAUCAACAAAUUAGGAGAAAAGAAAAAAGGGAAAAAGAGAUACCAUCCAAUUGCUGAUUCUACAACGAAGCAACUCAUAAACUUUCAUCGGAUCCAUGAUCACAUGGCUGAUCUUGCUGCAAUAUACAAGACUUAUCGACUUGAGAGCCCAUUUCAGAGAGAGAUUUAUACUUCGGAUCCAGCUAAUAUUGAGUACAUUCUAAAGACCAACUUCGACAACUAUGGAAAGGUUACGUAUCCUCAUAAAUUAUACUUCUAUGCUUUAAAUCUUAUGAUAUAUGUAGAUCUAUAUAAUUGUGGACAUUUUUUCAUUUUACAGCAGAAAGGAGAAAACAUUUUGUCAAGGUUCUGGCAUUACUCAUCGACAAAUCCAAAGUACUUAAGAGAUAUAUUGAUAAAUUUCAUGGGUGGUGGUAAAGACACAACAGGAACCACACUCUCCUGGUUUAUUUUGAUGCUCUGCAGAUAUCCAGUUGUGCAGGAAAAACUGGCAGAAGAGAUCAAAGAAGCAACCAAUAUGAAAGGCAGUACAACAAUUUCAGAUUUUGCUGCAAAUCUGAAAGAGGAAGCAAUUGAUGAGAUGCCUUAUCUCCAUGCCGUGCUUUCCGAGACUAUAAGACUUUAUCCAGCCAUUCCAGUGAAUGCCAAAGUAUGCCUCGAAGAUGAUGUAUUUCCAGAUGGAUUUAAUGUGAAAAAAGGGGAUAUGGUGGCAUACCCACCCUAUGCAAUGGGUAGGAUGAAAUAUUUAUGGGGUAAUGAUGCUCAAGAAUUUAGGCCAGAAAGAUGGCUCGAUGAGAAUGGGUCCUUCAAGCAAGAAAGCCCCUUCAAAUUUACUGCCUUCCAGGCAGGGCCAAGGAUAUGUAUUGGAAAGGAAUUUGCAUACAGAAGCAUGAAGAUCACUGCUGCAGUUUUAAUGCGAUUCUUUGUAUUCAAGUUGAGUGAUGAAUCAGAGCCUGUGAACUACAAAACCAUGCUCCAACUUCAUAUAGAUAGAGGGUUACAUGUUCGAGCCUUUCAUAGAAUCAACCACUACUAGAAGUCAAGGAGAACAAACGGACUUCUAUAUAUAUAUAUAUAGUUGCUUGCUGUUUUUUUCUUACAAAAA